AUGGCCUUGGUUGUCGGCCAGCUGACCUUGAUGGUCGGCGAACUCGCCCAAGUUGCUAUGGAACUUGUCAAGGUUGCUGAUCAUGCUUUAAUCGGUCACGUAAUGCUCACGGUUUUUGCCGUGGACGAGUUUGAUUGUCAUUUCAAAUGCAUAAGCAAGAGUUGUAUGUCGUUUAACGUUCACUCCAGUGACAGCGAUGGAAACCGAGUUUGUGAACUGAACAACAAAACACGACAGAUGAAACCAAGUGAUUUCAAACAGAAGAGAGGAUCAACAUACUAUGGCCCUGAUAAGGUCUCCUGCACGGAUUUUUCCAAUAAAAGGAAUGGUAACAUAGCAUUUCCCUCUGUAGCUGGCAGAGGUUUAUAUAAGGAUUUGCCUGGCCAUUCAUGCAAGGACAUCCGGGACUCAGGUUUCUUUCAAAAAGACGGGGAGUACUGGAUCGACCCUGAGAAAAACGGAAAGCCUUUAAAGGUCUACUGUGACAUGACAACUGAUGGAGGAGGUUGGCUACUUGUUUCCAACGUUGUCGUGGACGAUCCAUCCUCUCGAGAGCUUUGGACUGAGUCAUCAUACCGCGAAAUCGACAACUGCCACAGCAACAAAACGUUGUUCAUCACAAAAGAUGCCAUGAAAGAACUAAGAGCACACGUGUCCUUCACUCAACUGAGAUUCCAUUGCAGGAAACAACGAGGACGUACAAUCCACGUUACCACGGUCGUUAACAGCUCUGGGGAAGCUGUAGUCCAGUACUUCAGCCGUCAAACAGAUGUCCAACCCUUGGCGUGUGGCUCGUUUGAUAGAAUGAAAGAUGAUAACUCCAGAUUAGCUGGAAUGUGUGAUCAAUGGAAAAGUAGGAAGUGGGGAUCAUCGAACGUUCCACUGGAACGAUUAAACGAUCAUUCCCUUCAUGUAGGAGGUAAAUAUCACUGGUUGUUAACAGAUGGGAGUUCAAGAUGGGAGUGUGACGACGUCGAGAAGCGUGGUGAAUUUUUUGAAUUAUCGUCUGGCGAUUUCUGGAAAGUCUAUGUACGCUUAGAGCGACAAUCAACUAUAACUGUUUUCACAGUCCUGAAAACCUUAAGCUGCUGGCUAAGAAGUUAUGCAAUGUUAAAUAUUCCCUUGAAUUUACUUGCAGUAGACUAA